AUGGCAGUAGCAAGUUUGAAAAACGGAUGUCUUGGUGAAAAAGGGUUUUCAAGUAGUAAAUCAUUUUCCAAUUUCCAGAAAACUACGCCGUUUGGUAGCAUUGACACUGAUGCAAGAUCUGAAGUGGAAUCACAUAUAGAGUUGCCAAGCCUUCCUGAGCUCUACAUCUUACCUGACUCAGAGCCGCAAAAUGCAAUUCCUGAAGUCGCUCUGGCAUCAUUCGAUGAACCUAGCGACGAAAGCGUGAGUGCUGAAGGAAGCUCAAGCAGCAGUAGCCAAGCCAUAGAGCCGAAUGAUGUUGGUUUCAAUAGCUUCACCGGCCCAUUGCUCAUUAAGGGCAAUAGAUUUUUUGACACCGUCACGGGAAAAUACUUUGCCAUUCGAGGUGUUAAUUACUAUCCCAGACCCAACACCGGACCUCUCGACAAAAACAACCUCGACCUCUUUUCUAGUGAAUUUAAGCAUAUUUGGAAGCGGGACCUCCAACAUCUCGCGGCGCUUGAAGCUAAUGUUAUCCGACUUUACGCCGUCGAUCCGGACGUUGACCACACCGAAUUUAUGUGUGCGCUACAAACCAAAGGAAUCUAUGUCAUCGUGGACCUUGGAGCUAACUGCGAGGGCUGUGAAAUCACGCCUGAUGCUGCGCCUGCGUGCUACCCAGCAUCAUAUAAGAUGCGUGGAGAGAAGAUUAUCAAACAGUUUGCACGCUACGACAAUGUAAUGGCAUUUAGCGGAGGCAAUGAGAUUAACCAUCGAACUGGAGGUAAUCCCUGGACCUGGAAUGCACCAUGCCAGAAAAAAUUUAUCCGAGACAUGCGUGCCUUUAUUCAAGCUUGUCCUAGCUUGCGGAAAAUUCCCGUUGGCCUCGUUGUAGCCGACACAAACCGAGAUGAGAAUGCGCAGUAUUACAACUGUCGCACUGACGAGGGAGACGAGCUUGAAAAUGCACAAUGGUAUGGCAUCAACACGUAUGUUCACUGCGACGAUAUAUCGGACCCCUCAAAAGCCACGGGCUUUAAUAUGCUGCGCGACAGCUUCAAAAGCUACGAUUACUCAAUUCCCGUCGUGCUUACUGAAUUUGGUUGUGUAAGCAUUUCCUUCCCUACGAUCAAUGGAUACGAGGCACAGCGUACUUUUCACGAUGCUGUGUUUAUGAACAUGCCCGAGUAUAGCGAUUACUUCGCUGGUGGUGUUGCCUUCGAGUACUCGACAGAGAAUGCUAACUCAAUGUCCACGUCCUCCUACCCGUUCAAGACGUAUGGACCACAGAACUAUGGACUAGGCUACUUCUCACCGAAGGAUUGCACGGAUGCAGGCACGAACUGCACGUAUGAACGCUUUCCGAACUUUGAUUAUUUACAGAAGGCGUAUAAGUCGUACGAUGGUUCGGGUCAGCCGACGCUGGGCACAUACACAAUUCCACAUAGCCAUUCCGAAACAUCGGCCUGUCCCGAAAAUUCUCCUAUUUUGAACGACUUCAAGUGGGAAGGAGAUUCUGCUCCCAAUGAGUCGUGUCCAGUAGAAGAAGAUGCACACUACCAGUGCCCGCUCACUCCGUCGCUUCAGGAUGGUUCGUAUCGUUUCCUGGACGACGGAUCCUUAGGUCUUCAAGAUGAGUCUUCACGAUUCCAAGAUGGAUAUAUUCAGCUGAAUGAGAUUAAUGCAAGUAGCAAUGGUCUCGAUUCCAGCUUGAAUUCCAGCAUUGUGACAGAAUCUGGGGCUAUCUCUCGGUACGACAGCAUCCUUGUCAAAUUACUAAUUUCAGUUCUUGCAGUAGUAGCAUUGAGUGAAUAG